AUGUCUUACGCUUCACCAAGCUCAUCGUCAUUGCCGCCAUCAUCAUCACAAAAUUCAAACAACAUAAUUCGCAAACUCGACGCGACAACUUUGAGAGCCACCACCAAUAGCGCGGCAUCGGCAAUAACGAACCCCAUUUUGCAGAGAUAUUUAUCGACUCCAAUUACAUUCAAGCCAGCGAAAGUCCAGGAAAAUCUAACCAAUAUAGACGAAUUACCUUCUUCCUACAUUAUUUUAUCCAAAGAAGAGCGCAGCGACAUGAAAAUGAAGGAUCAAACUCAGAACCAAAGUGGUGCAGAGGGGAAACAAGGCUCUUUGCCGAAACGGAAAAAUGCCAAUACUAUAAGGCCGACAUCUUUAGCUGAUGCUGUUGCAUCUUAUAGUGGGAAUAAGUAUGAGAGACCCAGAGACAAGAAAAGGAAGAGAAAAUUCGAGGAAAUGCUGCGAAAGGAAGCCGAGGUUGCUGCAGAACAGCACCAAGAACAACAACAAGAGGAAGAAGAAGAAGAUGAUGAGGUAAAGGCGACGGCGGUGGCACACAAGGAGAAUGUUGACGAAGUGCCGGAAGAGCAGCCCUCUCCAAAGAAAGCGAGAAGUCUAUGGGGGUCCUUGAAAUCUCUCUUUAGUGCAACGCCCUCAGGAGAUGAUGACGAUGAAGGAGAAGAUGUCGGUGAGGAGUUUGUGGAAGGAGAAGAUGUUGUCGAAAAGCCCCUGCUAAAAGGAUUCAGCUUGUUGCAGAAACCUGAAGAAACCGGAGAUGAACAAUCGUCGCCGGGGGAAAUAUACGAGGAGAACUCGCCGUUUACUGGAUUUAGUGAAGCGGAGAAAAGUGACACUAAUGAAGUACAGCCGAGGGAAAAUGAGUUGAGUAGUGAAGAAGAAGAAGAAGAAGAAGAAGAAGAAGAAGAAGAAGAAGAAGAAGAGGAUGAUGAGGAUGAUGAGGAUGAUGCAGAGUACAAAAUUGGCGACGAUGGUGAAGAAGAGGAUGAAGAUGACGAGGAAGAUGACGAGGGAGACGACGACGAUGAAUCGUCGGUGCUGAAAAAAUCAAGCAAAUUGGAAGCGUUGGAGGAUGAAGAUGCAGAUAUACAGAAAUUGAGACACGAUUUGAAGUUGGACGAGAUUUUGAAUGGCGAUACACGUAGCCCGAGUGUAUCCGCUUCCGAUGGGAAUCAAGCCGAUGAAGAAGGAGAAGAAGAAGAAGAAGAAGAGGAGGAGGAGGAAGAGGUGGAUGAAGAUAAAGUUAGGGACGAUGGAGUUGUAGCGAAGCGUGGCGCAGCCAUUAACAAUAACAUUUCCUUACCGCCCGUGGUCAAGGGGAGCUCAACACCACCCACGUCACCAGAUGACAAGGAGAGAAACAACUUGGACAAGAUUUCUGCAUACUUCAACCUUAAUGAAAACCCACUGGAUAGAGGCUCCAAUGGAUCACAGCGAAUCUACAAGAAUUGGAGGGAAAUGCAACUGUUUAAACCACCAUUGGGUUUGCUCAACGGCGGAGUCACGUGCUACAUGAACUCCGCGAUACAAUCUCUUAUUCACAUUCCCGCAGUACAACAUUAUCUCAAUGGCGUGUACCAGGGACAAGUACCUGAUCUCAAGCCCCGUUCAAUCACCCAAGUGUUGGCUGAAUUGUCCAAGAGGUUAUGGUCUCCCAAGAGUGAAAAAGUCAUGUAUGUCAACCCCAAGAAAAUUAUUCUGCGAUUAGAUGAAAUCAAUUGUAUGAUGAGCCAAUGGCAACAAGAAGAUAGCCACGAGUAUUUCAUGAGUUUAAUGUCGAGAUUGCAAGAAGAUAGCACUCCACUGGGCCGCAAGUUGAACGAAUCGAUAAUCUAUGAUAUCUUUGGCGGAUUGUUGAAUCAAAAGAUUACAUGUUUGAAAUGUGGUAAUGUCUCAAUCACAAAACAAGAAUUUUACGAUUUAUCCUUGGGUUUGAAUAAGAGAAAAUUACCACCACCAUUACCACCAUCAACAUCAGCAUCACAAUCAGCACAAUCAGUGCAACCAAUUUCGGCUUCAGCACCAACACCAUCUAAUGGGGGAGUGUCAUCGCCCAUGCCGAUCUCAACCAACAAAUUAUCAAUUGAAAAAUCCAUACAUGAUUUCUUCUCCAACGAAACCAUCAAGAAAACCGACUCGGAUCAAAAAUCCGGUUACUAUUGUGAACAAUGCAAGGAUUUCACCCACGCCAACAAGAUCUCCAAGAUCUCGACUAGUCCCGAGACAUUAACCGUUCACUUGAAGAGAUUCAAAUUCAACGGCAACUCCUCGAGCAAGAUGAAACAACUGAUCAACUACUCCAAGUACUUGGACUUGUCGCCGUAUAUGGACAACCACAACGCGCCAGCUAAAUAUAGACUUAUCGCGGUGAUUGUGCACGAAGGAAGAUCAAUCUCCUCGGGGCAUUACAUCACGCAUGUGUUGCAGCCGGAUGGCGAAACCUGGCUGACUUAUGAUGACGAGUACGUCAAUGUUAUCGACGAGAGGAAAGCUUUGAGUGAUCCCAAUGCCUAUGUUUUGGUUUAUACUAAAUUGACCCCGAAAGUGGGGGCUGCCUCAUGA